CCAAACUCCGCUCCGGCCACGCCGUCAGGGCCGCAGCUCAGAUGCACGCGUUGUCACUCUUAAGUGUCCCAACGGCCGGGUAAGGCAGCCACCAUGAUCCCCUGGGUGUUCUUGGCCUGUGCCCUCCCCUGUGCUGCUGACCCGCUGCUGGGGGCCUUUGCUCGCAGGGAGUUCCAGAAAGGCACCCCUCAACUCGUCUGCAGCCUGCCUGGCCCCCAGGGCCCACCUGGCCCCCCAGGAGCCCCGGGACCCUCAGGAAUGAUGGGAAGAAUGGGCUUUCCUGGUAAAGAUGGCCAGGAUGGCCAGGACGGGGACCGAGGGGACAGUGGAGAAGAAGGUCCACCUGGCCGGACAGGUAACCGGGGAAGGCAAGGACCAAAGGGCAAGGCCGGGGCCAUCGGGCGGGCUGGCCCUCGAGGCCCCAAGGGCGUCAGUGGUACCCCUGGGAAGCAUGGCACGCCAGGCAAGAAGGGGCCCAAGGGCAAAAAGGGGGAUCCGGGCCUCCCGGGCCCCUGCAGCUGCGGCAGCGGCCAGGCCAAGUCGGCCUUCUCGGUGGCAGUGACCAAGAGCUACCCUCGGGAGCGCCUGCCCAUCAAGUUCGACAAGAUUCUGAUGAACGAGGGCGGCCACUACAACGCGUCCAGCGGCAAGUUCGUGUGCGGCGUGCCGGGGAUCUACUACUUCACCUACGCCAUCACGCUGGCCAACAGGCACCUGGCCAUCGGCCUCGUGCACAACGGCCAGUACCGCAUCCGCACCUUCGACGCCAACACCGGCAACCACGACGUGGCCUCGGGCUCCACCAUCCUGGCUCUCAAGCAGGGCCACGAGGUCUGGCUGCAGAUCUUCUACUCGGAGCAGAACGGGCUCUUCUACGACCCUUACUGGACCGACAGCCUCUUCACCGGCUUCCUCAUCUAUGCCGACAAGGACGGCCCCAACGAGGUCUAGAAGGACCGAGGUCUGCACCGGGGUGCAUUCUGGACCUGUGCUCACGGAGCAAGACCUCCCGAGCUGUAGGCUGGGGGCCUCCUCUGCUGGGUUGUUGUUGUUUUGUUUUGUU